AUGGGGAAGCGUAAGAGGAAGAAGGGAAAAGACGGAGAAGAAGAAAGCCGACAAAACACAGAUUCGGACAACGACUCCAUAUCCUCCACCAGUACCGCUGCAAAUAAAUACGAACCUUUCAGAGUACUGAACUAUACACGUAGUUACCCUGAAAAUGGGGGUAACUUCGAAUAUAUAGUAUUUUUUGAGUCCACAGAUCCCGGGAAACCGAUAGGCGACAGGGACAUGAUGGGUAUGUCCACUUCCCUAAAAAGGUAUAAUAAGGGAGUUAAACAAUUGGUAAGAAUUAACAAAUAUAAAAUAGGAGUCAUAUUUGAGCGAGCUUCGUUUGCUAAUGCUGCCCUCACAAACACCAAAUAUUUGGAUUCAUAUAAAAUGAAAGCGACAAUUCCUGCAGGAGCCACAGAGGUGACAGGAGUCAUCUCACACGUUCCAAUCAAUCUAUCGAACCAAGAAAUAUAUGACACCAUCUCCAGUACAAAACACAUAGUACAAAUAAGACGUUUUAUGAGACGAAAUAAAGUUGACAAUGAUUUUCAGAUUACUCCUACCCUAACCGUGUCCAUUACCUUUUCCUGCCCAGUCCUGCCAGAAUCCAUAGACCUCAACAGUUGGCGUUUUGAUGUAAAACCCUACAUCCCACCAGUGAAGCAAUGCCUACGGUGCCUCAGGUAUGGUCACAUUGGCAAAUUUUGUAAGAACUCAGAAAGAUGCUCAGUAUGUGGAGGCAACCACAACUUCAAAACAUGUACGAUAGACACUAAAGACGCUACCUGCUUACAUUGUCAGGGUCGGCAUAUAGCUAUAUCGAAGGAGUGUCCAGUAAAAUACAAAAAUUAA